AACCCACUCUCGAAUGUUCAUUAAAGUCUCCUAUUUGCGUUACUCUAAAAGUGUGAGGACCUCUAAAGGAUAUGUGAGAUCCUGAGAGGAAGUUUAAGGGGGUGUCCGCGCUGAGACUGAUCCAGAAUCAGAUUUAUGGAAGGCAGCUGUUGAGGCUUUGACAGACAUACGGAUCGGAGCGCUGCUGUGUAACACAAGUCUGCUGAGGAGUGUCAGAUCACACUAAACACCAAUGAUGGUGCGUGAGCAGUAUGUCACCACCACAGAGGAAUCUGGAGUUCUGUCUCCAGUCUCUGAGUACAUUUACAUGAUCGGCAUCUACGGCUGGAGGAAACGCUGCCUCUAUUUGUUUGUUCUGCUUCUCCUGAUCAUCCUGGUCGUCAACUUAGCCCUUACCAUCUGGAUCCUGCGAGUAAUGUGGUUCAAUGCGGAAGGCAUGGGGUACUUGCAAGUCCAUGAAGAUGGACUAAGACUAGAGGGAGAGUCAGACUUUCUGUUCCCUGUUUACGCCCAAGAAAUCGACUCCAGAGAGGAUUCAGCUCUUCUAAUUCAAUCCUCUGAAAAUGUUACCCUGAAUGCUCGCAAUGCCAAUGGUGACGUUACAGGAAGUGUGUCUGUAGGUCCCAGUCAGGCUGAGGGUUUCAGUGAACAUUUCAACAUCAGUUCAAACCAUGAUGAAAAUCUAUUUUACGCAGAUGGAAAUGGAGCCGUUGUGGGAAAAGGAAAGCUCCGUGUAACUGGGGCAGAGGGUGCUUUAUUCGAGCAUUCAGUCAGGACUCCUAUGGUCAAAGCAGUACUUAACAAGGAGCUAAAACUGGAAUCUCCAACUCGCUCUCUCAGUAUGGAUGCACCCAAAGGCGUUCAUGUCAAAGCCUUGGCUGGAAAUGUUGACGUGACAGCACAUUUUGACAUUCUGCUACAUUCAGCUGAAGGCCUGUUGAUUCUAGAUGCAGAAACAGUCCGUCUGCCAAAGUUACCGGUGGGAGAAGCCGGAACGUCAGGAGACUCUCAGGGAAUGUACAACAUGUAUGAGGUUUGCGUUUGCCCCAGCGGGAAACUCUUUUUCUCCACAGCUGGAGUCUCCUCGACCUGCAGCGAAAGCCAGGACUGCUGAAUGAGCUUCUGGUUGAAACUAUAACCAGUUUCUGCCCUAUAACAAGGACUUGAUGUGUUCUUACACUGGGUUUGGGCAAGGUAAAAACAAUAAUACAAAUGGUAAUUCAACCCUAUGAUACAUAUAUGGAAGCCUGCUUUCCCCAGGGAAUUACAAUAAAUACAUUAAAGGGAUAAUUCACCCAAAAAAUGAACAUUCAGUCAUGAUUUACACUACCUGACAAAAGUCUUUUCUCCUAUCCAUGUUUUAGGAACAACAAAAAAAAUGACUUUUAGUUGAUCAUUUGGUAUCAGAAGUGGCAUAUAUGAAAGGCAAAGACCUUCAGAUUAUGCUUAUUUCAUCAAAAUAAAAUAUGACUUAUUAAUAAAGUGGUGGAUGAGGAGAUUCAUUUGUAAAGCGCUUUGAUUGGCCAGAAAAGCGCUAUAUAAAUGCAAGG